UGCGUCUGCAUCUGAGUUCAACUCUUUAUCAGCUGAGUUGAGGAUCCCGCCCCGUUAUGACUACCACUCCUGGUACUGUUGGGAUGUUAAGCGACACGCUCAUCCUUGGGACACAUAACAGGUUUGCGUUUCCUCUUAUUUUUUGCGCCACGUUAGCGUGAAAGAUGCGCUGUGAAAACCGGGCUGUCGCUUCUUCGAGUCGGACUUCUGUAAAGCGAGUGCGCUGUGCUGCAUCUUGGGCUUGGUUCAGUUGAAAUAUCAUGCUGAACAUGCUGAGAUCAGUCUGAUAUAUCAUGGAUCCUGAGGAGUUAGAACUGCAGAAUGACUACCGCUACCGUAACUAUGCAGCGGUCAUUGAGAAGGCGCUGCGAAACUUUGAGUCUUCGAGUGAGUGGGCAGACCUCAUCUCUUCCCUGGGCAAACUCAAUAAGGCCCUGCAGAGUAACCUCCGCUACUCCCUCCUGCCCAAGAGGCUGAUCAUAGGGAAGCGCCUUGCCCAGUGCCUACAUCCGGCUCUGCCGAGUGGAGUACACCUCAAGGCUCUGGAGACCUACGAGGUCAUUUUCAAAAUCAUUGGUACAAAAUGGCUGGCCAAGGAUCUCUUCAUUUACAGCUCAGGGUUGUUCCCGCUGUUGGGCCAUGCAGCCAUGGCAGUUAAGCCUGUGCUCCUGGCACUUUAUGAACGUUAUUAUCUCCCGCUGCAGAGAGCUUUACUGCCUAGUCUUCAGGCCUUCAUAACUGGACUACUGCCAGGCCUGGAGGAGGGACUGGAGGUUUAUGACAGGACUGAUGCGUUGCUACUCAAGUUGUCACUGCUGGUGGGUCAGCAGGUCUUCUAUGGUGCCCUGUGGGGCACUAUGCUGGUCAGCCCCAUGGUGCGACUGCCCGCCUCUGUCUUUAUAGUCACACAUUUUGAUCGCAUGUUACCCCUGCGCCAGCAAACGCACAUGCUAGGCUACGACCACAGACUGGUGGUGAAGUCAGUUUGUCUUUCUCUACAAGAUUCAAAUGUCCUGGUGCAGAGAAACAUGCUGGAAAUCCUGCUCAACUUUUUCCCCUUUGCUGAAUGUAUGGACCCAGUGGAGGCCAGUAUUGCCAUGAGUGUCAAAGACAUGAUCACAGUGGUGGCUGCAGCUUCACUUACACUGCUCCGCAGAGACAUGUCCCUCAACAGACGCCUCUACGCCUGGCUCUUAGGGACUGACAUAAAAGGAGGAAUGGUGGCACCACACCCAAACCUGUCCACUACCACAGAGGAGCAUACGUCCUUCUACUUCAACACCUACUCCAGAGAUUGCCUUGUGCAGGCUCUGAUUAACAUCCUAAAACAGAAGGAUGUGGAGAGCAACCCGGAGAAUGUAAUUGGAUACCUCAGGCCCUUUCGUAUCAUUAUCAGCCUGCUGGAUAAGCCCGAGAUAGGUCCAGUCGUCUUGAGCAGCGUAUUGUUGGAGGUGGUCCGAGCCUUCUACAGUUACUGUCGAGAGAUGCUGGGGGAGGAAAUCAUCAGCAGCUCAGGACUCACAGGAAACCAGCUAGCCAGUAAGAUAAAAGAGAAUAAGAAUGCUUCAGAGAUCAUAAAGACGGUGAAUAUGCUUGUGAGCUCCAUGAACAGCGAAUAUCUGUGGGAGUACAUGACCCGACGCUUCUGCACCUCUCUCUGUAGCAAAGAUGACCCGCCAGCGUCUCCUCAGCAAGAUCGCAGUCACCCUGCUCCGUCCGUCACAGAGAUGACCAAUCUCAUUAUUUUCCUGCUUGAAGUUCUUCCUCUGGAGCUCCAUGCCGAUAUCCAGUCCCAGUUCCUCCCUGAGAUGCUGAGCACAAUGCUGCAGACCCUGUGCAGCCACAUGGACACUGUUAGCCUGGAAGAUGUCACACAGGGUCUCCGUGCCUGUUUCAAGGUCCUGAGUAAGAUCCAGAUGCCUGUGGCUUAUAUGGACAUUGAGGCAGGGGCACACAAAGAGGACUUGGAGAUACAGUCACCAGAGGAGGACAGCAAGAAGACUCAGGAUAUAGAGAAUCAGGGAAAGAAAGAUGAUGGUGCUGAUCAGGUUAAUGGUUCCCGUGAAGAUGAAGAGCUGAACAGAGAUGGAGGAGAUGAGGCAGAGCCUCCAGAUGGUGUUUACCAAACACUCAGGUCUGAGGACAGUGGAUUGGGCAUCAGCGCUUCACCGUCAGAGCAGCAUCUCCCACCAGGGAUGGGGCUGACACCGGAUGGAAAAAGAGUUUUUAAAGAAGGCGAGGGAGUGUGGAGGAGGGGAGGCAGUGUAGACACCAUGACCCAGUGUCUGCAGGACAUCCUUGCCUUCAUAACCACACGAUAUCUGCUUGUACAGGUGGAGGAUGUCAGAGGACCGGUGGAAGUACCACAGCCUGACCUAACUGCUGCUGUGCUGAAUCAGAAGACUUUGUUGAUGAACAUUGGAGGACGGGAAAUUAAGGACAAACUGACUGAACUGUUCACUCCAAAUAAAAUUAAGCCCAGCCCUACAGCUGAGACUCAACUCUCAGAAGCCCACACAGAGAAGAAAAAGGAGCGUGGACAUGUAGGGUGUCUGGACUGGGCGGCUGGCUACAUGCCGCGGGGCAAGGCAGAGAUCCCUGAGGCCUGUCGACAGGCCUUCACAGCCACCUGCCAUCUACUGCUGGAGUGCACCACCUUCCCUGUCUACCUGAGCGAGGAGGAGACUCUGGCUCUGCACACAGACAUGUGUAGUCAGACAGGCAGUGACAUGGACAGCCUGCCAGUGUGGCUGAGGUCCUUGAUGACGCUCUGCUGCCUGUCCAGGGACUACAACAUCCAGCACACUGCAGUGGCCUCCAUGUUGGAACUCAUCAACCACUCCCAGUCAUUAGCACUGGUCAUCCAAGACAAGCACAGACGCUACCAGAAAUCUGACUCCAACCCUCUGAGUGGGCGGCUGCAGAUGGUCACCGUGCCCCCAAUCUACCCUGCUCUGCUUCGUGCCAUAGAGGAGCACACAGAUUUCUAUCAGAGGGUGUCUCAGGUUCUGUGGAACCAGCUGGACACAGAGCGGAGAGAGCAACACAUCUCCUGUGUGGAACUCUUCUACAGACUUCACUGUUUGGCUCCAUCAGUGUCCAUCUGUGAGGAUAUCAUCUGCCAGGCAAUAUUGCACAAAGACAAGGCUGUUCGGCUUGAAGCACUACACCGCUUCACAGUUCUAUGGCACCUCACCCGGGACAUCCAGGCCAACAGGACCAUGUCUCUCAGUCGCUCCUUUGACCGGACUCUGUGUGUUGUUGUGGACAGUCUGAGUUGCACAGAUGGCUCAAUAAGUGCAGCGGCUCAGCGCUGGCUCGUCCGGGCUCUUUCACUCAAUGAUGUUAUUCGUAUCCUGGAGCCUAUUCUGUUGCUUCUUCUUCACCCAACAACUCAGCGCUGCUCCAUUCAGAGUAUCAAACAAAAUGUAACUGCUGGUACCCUGAAGGUUCUAAGCAACAGAAGUCGAAGCUCAUCCAAAACGUCUGGGACUUCUGCACAUGCAGCAGCAACAGAGGUCACGACCUUAGAUCUCAUGAACAUUGUGGACCGGGAAUCCCUAUGGGCAGAGUUAGACAGUGGAGCAGAGUUGUCCAAAGCACCGGACACUAUAGUGGUGUCUAGGAGUGAGAGUGAAGAGACAGAAGAGGAGGAGGAGGAUAGAGAGGAGGAGCAAGAGGAGAGUGAACACACUGAAUCUGCUGACACCAGUGGUGCCCAGGUAUCCACUGAGAACUCCAGCUCAGGCUCUGCCCCCUACCGCAGCAAUGACGAAGGAGGAGUGGUCAACGGCCUACGGAGGGCAGAGUCCGAGCGCACACAGGCAUCUGAUUCACUGUCAAGUGAGGAUGAGGAGGAUUUAGAGCUGGAGGCCAUGGCCAGGUCUCGCCUGCUAAAGCAGGAGCGUGAGAAGAGAGAGGCCAUCGACUCUCUGUUUCGCCAUGUGCUGCUCUAUCCUGCGGCGGGCGGCUGGCGCCAUCUGCUCCAAGGUUUGGGACUGCUAGACAGCCUGCUGAGAAGCAGUGCUGAGUGCCCUCUUGUGGAUGCACUCUCUUCCACCUCUCUGGACACAAGCUCUGCUGCACAUUUAAACCUUGUCUCCAACCUCCUGCAGCGCCACCAACAGGCUCAGGAUGGUCAGAGCUUCUAUGGCUGCCUGCUUUCCCCUUCCUCUUUCCCCUCUGUGCCCCCGUCCCUGCUCAUUGAACUGCUGGUGUCCUUGUGUUUGCGAUUCAUGCGCUCACAUUACCCUUCCUACCUGACUCUGGGUCCUCUCGACCUGCAGGGGAACAGGGAGGUUCAGGUGAAGAGUGUGGAGGUGCUGACCCGAAUGGUGAACCAGCUUGGCUGCAUGGCACGGGGGCAAGAGGGCAACGGGGCCAGGCUGGAGCCCAUCCGUAGACUUCUCUCAGGAUGUAAAGUACAACAAUAUGCUCUUCUUACACUUUCUGCAUCCAUGUAUGUUAGCCAGAGGGGAACAGACAAGGGACCACCCAAAGGUGUGGAGCUGCUGGAUGAGCAGGGAGGCCUGUCAGAGGAGAGCCUGGUGAAUCUUGGAGCAGGAGGGGGGCCGGAACAGUACCCUUUACAAAUGGAAUUACUGAAACUCCUCCGGGCUCUCAUAAUCCUUGAGUACCAUGUGUGGCCUGGUGGGGCUGUCUCAGCAGCUGGGCCAGGUGGAACAUCUGGCCAGCCCGGGGAGCCUCGUGAAUCCCCAACUGUCAACACCCCCCUGGCUCGGGAAUGGCAAACUGCAGUUCUUUUUCAGCAGUCCAUCAAGGCAGCCCAGUAUGUCCAGUGCCACCCCAUCACAGCCCAAGGAAUGUUCGUCUCUGCCGCAGCUAGGGCUCUGCAGCCACAGUACGGCUAUGCUAUGCACCCCCACUGGGUGUCCUUGCUGUGCUCCUGUCUGCCAUACUUGGGUCGCUCGUUGAGCAUCAUCGUGGCUCCGCUCAUCAGUCAGAUCUGCAGGAACUUGGACGAGUUGGUCAAGCUUUACGAGCAUGACGGAGGAAAGACAAAUCAGAGCCUGAGUGGUAGGAGGGAAAACAUUGCUCCUGACUACCCCCUGACUCUGCUUGAAGGGCUUACCACCAUUACACACUACUGUCUAAUGGAUAACAAGACGUCCUUGGUUGGCCGCGAUUCUCUGGAUGUCCGUAACGCACGCAGCGCUGUGAUCGAGGCACUACCGCACAUGCUCAGCAGUAUGGCAUUGUUAUGGGGGGUGGUCAUGAGGGAAGAGUUUCAGCGGCGUGCAUCUGACUCCGGCCAGAGCAGCAGACAGUCUUCCUCCUCAGUCUACUUUAAAGGCACCAAGAUUUUACGCCAGCGGAUUCUGGAGUUCCUGGUGCCUCUGACUGGGCAGUAUGGGGUUCAGCUCAUGGCUUCACUGGGAGAAGUAUGGAGCAGAAGAAGGAAUAAGAGGAAGCAUAAGAACAAAGUUUUACCUGUUGCCAGUGAGGCUCAUCUGACCAUUGUGGAUCUGGUGAAAUCAUUGAACACUUUGCACACAGAUACCAUCCUACAACUGGUGAAAGAGGUGGUGAAAAAACCACAUCAACUCAAAGGAGAAAAGUCAAGCCUGGUAGAUAUCCCCAUGUUACAGUUCAGCUACGCCUACGUCCAGAGUAUUUCAGCUCAGGCUCUGCAGGAAAAUGUUGCUCCUCUGCUCAGUCUGUUACGGGAGUCUAUUCAACUCAUCCUGGCACCACCUGGCCAGUUCUUACUGCUGGGAAUUCUCAAUGACUUUGUCAAUAGGCUCCCCAACUUGGACAAUAAGAAGGACACAAGAGAUUUGCAGGAGGUGACUCAGCGGAUCCUCGAGGCAGUGGGCGGGAUAGCAGGAUCGUCUCUGGAGCAGACCAGUUGGCUCAGCCGCAGCCUUGAGGUCAAAGCUCAGCCGCAAGUGUGCCCUGAAGCUGAUGAACCUGAUGACGCAGACAUGGAUGGUGACCAUUGUGAGUCAAUGGCACAAGCUGGCGCCAUGGUUUCCUCCUCGGCUCCCUCAGUUUACAGCGUGCAGGCGCUUGUACUCCUGGCUGAGAUCUUGGCACCCCUUCUGGACAUGGUAUACCGCAGUGAUGAGAAGGAGAAAGCUGUUCCUCUCAUUUCUCGGAUCAUGUACUAUGUCUUCCCAUACCUGAAGAACCACAGUGCCUACAACAUGCCCAGCUUUGAAGCAGGUGCCCAGCUGCUGAGCAGUCUGAGUGGGUAUGCCUAUACCAGAAGGGCUUGGAGGAAAGAGGUCUUUGAGCUCUUCAUGGACCCCCUCUUCUUCACCAUGGAUGUCUCCUGUGCUCCCAGGUGGAAAUCCAUUAUUGACCACCUGCUGACUCAUGAGAAGACGAUGUUUAAAGACCUCAUGAGCAUGCAAAGCAGCUCCCUGAAACUGUUCACUAACGUGGACCAGAAACCCAUGCUGCUGAAGCGCCAGGCAUUUGCCAUGUUCAGUGGAGAAGUUGACCAGUAUCAUCUCUAUCUGCCCCUCAUCCAAGAACGCCUCACUGAGGCUUUGCGUAUGAACCCUAGCGCUGCUGUUUCCGCCCAGAUGUUCCUGAUGUUUCGUGUUCUCCUGUUGCGGAUUUCAUCCCAGCACCUCACGUCUCUUUGGCCAAUCAUGGUCACAGAGUUGAUUCGCAUAUUUGCACGUCUAGAGAAAGCUCUGCAGGCAGAUAAAGACGUCUCAAAGCUGGCUAAAGUGGUGCGCGGAGCCCUUGACAGAAAUGGACCAGUGAAUUUCUCUCAGGCAGAGUUGGACAUGUACCUGUCAGCCUGCAAGUUUCUGGACACAUCCCUGGCUUUUCCUCCAGAGAGGAUACCUCUUUUUCAGAUGUAUCGCUGGGCAUUUGUCCCUGAGGUGGAUGUGAACCACUACAGUGGUCCUGAGACUGCGCUGAUAGAGGGCGAGCAGGAGUGCAUACCCCAUGUUGUCAGAAUACUGGAAGGGAUUCAGCAGCGAUAUGGGACACUGAAUGGGCUGAGUGAGGAAUCUUCCACAGAGCAUUUGGAGUUCCCCCUUCUCACUCAGCGCUCCCUAUCCUCCAUCACCCAGCUGUUGCCUUUCCUUCGCAUUCUUUGCUGUUCAUUCCAAGGCCCUCCCCCUUACAGCAACCCCAUGCCUCACUUCCCAGUAGCAGACUACCCAGCAGCCUGUUCAGAAACAGUCCUGAAGAAGCUGGAGCACAUCACUGAAGAGGAGUUCCUGGACUCCACGGAGAGUUAGACCUCAAAAAUGAAGCUUUCGUGAACUAAGUCCUCUUAUCAAGCUUUUUUCGACCUGUAGCCAUACAAGUGGGAUACACAAAAUAGGCACAAUGAGUGAUAAUGUUGUACUGUGAACUGGAAAAAAAAGGAAUGUUUUGAAUUUGAAUUCUUUUUGUUGUUGUUGUUGUUGUUUUUGUUUGUUUUAUGUUUUAACUUGAUCUCCACAAACAUUUGGGUACCACUUAGGUGCUCUCACAGUGAAUCUGGAUUGGAAAAGCCAAAGUAUUUGUUAUUGUUGUUAGCUGGAAAAAGUAUCAUUUACAAAAUCCUGUGGAAUGGUUCUUUCGCUCUCAAGCAUGAGCGUCAUCUCAGUUCAAAAACAUUCGUGUUGAGGGGUUGUCAUUGUGUCUACACUCUUUGCUUUAAAGUGUUUUAGACUAAAAAAUGUUAACACAAAUAUACUUAAACCAACUUCAAAUUAUUGCCUACUCUUAUAAUUAGGCAUAGAGCUUAUAGUAACAGUAGUUCAGUAAAUGUUUUUUAGUUUGACACUAAACAGCAGAUUCAGACUGUGAAGAACCUUAUUAAGUAUUGUUAAUAUAUUCUUUUGACUUUUUCAUAACCUCUGGUUACGCCGUAGUAUGUGCAUACGUAUUUCUGUCUGACUGCAAAUGUCAAGACUGCAGUUCAUGUCUGUUGAAGUACUUUUUUGUCGAUUGUUACUGGAUACUUCAUUAUGGGACCUCACAAGCUUUUGAAUAAGAUUUAUGUUCAGAGUUUUACGACUCCGUUACUGAAUGUGAUUUGUGGACAUCAGAACCCUCUGAAAUAAAUUUGGAUGUACCUCGCUAGAGAACAUGCUUGCUAUGUUUGGUGUUUAAGGGAAAUCAGUUUUAUUUGUAGUCAUUCAUGGAUAGUUUUUACAUCUUUUUUCCCAUAAUGUGGAAUGCUUAAUUAAUUUAUUUUGGAUGUUUAAAGGACCAUGUUGACUUUUGAAUUAACAAAGACUUGUUAAAUUAAAAAUUGAGCUUAAAUACUGU